AUUAAAAAUGUCUAACAUGCCCGAUUCGGCGGCAUAAAAAGGCUUUGCCACGGACUGGGAAUGCAUCAGUGAUCAGUUAGCCGAGUUAAGAGCGAGUCAGUCGAGCCCCAACUAGCAGCAAUAUGAAAACCGUGAUCUUCGUGCUGGCCGCCAUUGUGGCCGUCAAUGCCCAGAAUACGUGUUACAGAACGCCCGUGUACACCGAGAAGAUCGAUCCUAUCGUCUGCCCGAAAGCCGGUAUAAAGCUGCCCAACUACGAGAAUGCUUCUACCUACUACCAAUGUGGCAGCGUGGGAACAAAUGGCUCGCUGACCAGCUGCGCCACCGAAAACUACUUCAGCUACGUGAUGCAAUCCUGCGGACCCUGCGAGUCGUACUUGCCCUCCACUAUUUGCUCUGCUCUGCCUUUCAAUGCCACAUGCGUGCCCAUUGGGUCCGCCACAACAGCACCACCAGCCACCACUGGCACCGCUACCACCGCCACUGGCUCCACCGCCACUGGCUCCACCGCAACCGCCACCACUGUCGCACCGUCAGGCAGCACCGCCAGCACUGCCGCACCAACCGGCAACGUCACCACGGCUGCCCCAACAACCCAGGCACCCAGCACCACCUCAGCCGUUCCCGAGCCACCCACCGAUGCACCAGGCUCGACCACGGCCGGUAACAGUGGCGAUGAUACACCUUCGGGCACCACCAUCUUCAUUCCCCAGCCUCCCUCCCCCGGUGAGAGCAAUGUCCCUACUCCAGUUACGCCCGUGCCCACUGCCCCGAACAUUGAAGUCACUCCCCCAACCGUCAAAGAUCCCCCUACUCAAUAGAAUGAAAACAACAAUCGUUCAGUACUUCCGCCUUUCAGCAUUUUGGCAUGUAUGUAUGUACCGAUAUUCCCUGAAUAAAGUGUUCGCAGAACAAUGAGCCAAACACAA